AUGGGCCAGCAAGCAUCAGUACCGGCGCCCAACACCUCGAUCCAAGUGAUCGGAGCCGGUCUACCGCGCACAGGCUCAGCAUCAUUCAGCCGAGCCCUGGAAACCCUCCUAGAAGGACCGGUGUACCACUGCGGCACGCAGACAACAAUGGGGACCCCCGACGAAAUCAAGACCUGGAUGCAGAUCCUCCAGCACUGGCUGCGCGGGCCAAGCGACCGACACACGGUGCUGAAGCUGAUGCACCGCAAGCUAGCCGGGUACGCGGCGAUUACCGACUCCCCGGGGGCGCAGUUCGUGCCGGAGCUGAUGGAGCUGUUCCCGACAGCGAAGGUGAUCUGCACGGUCCGCGACCCGGACUCCUGGGACGCCAGCAUGAAGCAGGUCCGCGGUAAGACGGAGAUGUGGUUUGUGCGCGCGGUGCUGCUGCCGUUGCCGGGCAUGCGCCAUUUCAUCAGCUACGGCAUGCUCCUGCGCGACCAGUGGACGGCGCUGUAUCGCGAGACGCCGCCGGGGCGCGACUCGUACACGCGCCAUGUUGCCUGGCUCAAGGAGAUCGUGCCGGCGGACCGUCUGGUCUUUUUUGAUGUUCGUGAUGGUUGGGAGCCGUUGUGUGCUGCACUUGGCAGGGAUGUCCCCGCGGAUUGCCCGUUCCCGCGUGUCAAUGACUCGGAGGCUAUUGAUCGCACGGCUAAAUAUCAUGUGCGUCGGGGACUGACUCGCUGGGCUGUGGGUCUGGCGCUUGUUGGCGUCUCGGUGGUUGCUCUUGUGAGGUAUUGGUAG